AUGUGUAGACAAGCAAGCUGCCCGACCUGUCAGAAGGAAACUUGGUUCGGCUGCGGUCUACAUUUACCUUCCGUCUUCUCUUCGAUCCCUGCCGAUCAAGAAUGUACCUGCAUACCAAAGUUUGAGAAGGACGGGGUCCAAUAUCCACCGAAAGCUGGUACCGGCACGGCACAGGAUGCCGGAGAGGAGGGGGAUGUUGUUAUACACGAUUUGAAGCGCGGUACAUGA